AGUUGUUAGAUUGCAUACCUGAUGAUAUGACGUCAUAGUUGUGUCAAUUGCUAUUUUGUUUGUUAUUCUUCACGUUUCAAUUUUUCAAUUAAACUAAACAGUUGUACUAUAAUGCUCGGUAAUCGGGAUUUAUACAUGAAAGGAGGACAAGAACUUCGAGUGUCUUGUAUUACAUGGAAUACGGCGGAAUGUACACCUCCUCCAGAACUUGAAAAACUUGUAAAGUAUAACCCUAGAGAGUAUCCAGAUGUCAUUGCUAUAGGAUUGCAGGAAAUAUAUAUUGCAAAUUUAUCAGUAGUUGGUCUAGGAGAAGAUUUAUGGACUUCUGCUAUAAAAGAAGCUUUAGGAGCUCUUGCAGAAAGUUUUAUCCUAAUCAAAACCAUUCGCAUGUGGAACAUGCAACUACUUGUCUGGAUUCGAUUACCUUGGCUUCACUAUGUUCAUAACAUAGAGACAUCAUAUACAAGAACCAACUUUGGAGGCCUACUUGGUAGUAAGGGAGCCGUAUCAGUAAGAUUUGAAAUAGGUCAGACGAGUAUAUGUUUUGUAAAUUCUCACUUGACUGCUCAUCUUCAACAUGUGAAUGAGAGAAUAAGAGACUACGACGAUAUAAUAGAAACCCAAACCUUUAAAAACUCCACUAAUAUUUUGGAUCAUGAUUACAUAUAUUGGUUGGGUGACUUGAAUUUUCGAAUUAAUAACCUGGAUAAGAAAACAAUAGAAGACCAUAUUACAUCAAAUGAAUAUGACCAGCUUUUAGCGAACGAUCAGUUAAAAAAGUCCAUGAAUGAAGGCCUUAUUUUUUUGGGUUUUAAGGAGGGACCAAUCAAUUUUCCACCAACGUAUAAAUUCGAUGUCAAUAGUGAUAAAUAUGACACAGGAUCAAAGCAACGUAAACCAGCAUAUACCGACCGUAUUCUUUAUUAUACUUCAUCGUAUAGUAGUGACGAUGAUGUUAAUAAAUCUUUUAACGUACUACCUAUGGAAUAUAGAGCUAAAAUGGAUAGCAUCUUUCAAAGAAGCGAUCAUAGACCUGUUAUUGCUAAUUUCAGAUCUAUCGUUUACGCUCACUUUAUUCCGCGCAUUAAGUUUGCAAUCCAGCCAAUUGUUGCUGGUGACAUAAAUAUUAGUUACUAUGUAGAUAACGGUGCUUAUAAGCCGUCUUCAUGGGAUUGGAUAGCACUAGUAGACGUAAAUUGCCAACGUAUUAUUACGGCUCUAUCCUAAUUCAAGUAUUCUGUUUUAUAGGCAAAAGCCAGAACUAUAUCCGAUUAUGUUGCCUAUAAGUAUGCACCAGCGGGACUAUCACUCUCUUUUAAUGGCAGAACUCGUCAUAUAACUAAUAUAAAGCUACCUGAACAGCUUAUUGGAAGUACUGUUUUCCUAGUCUAUUGGAGUUACUUCUCAGAAUUUCCCCUAGCUAUAAGUGAAACUUUCAAAGUUUAUGAAAAGAGUAUUCAAAAAGUGGCUGUUUCUGACGACGGCUGGAGCGAUAGUGGCUCUUGUUCCACUGUUAACCUUUCUGAUUCAGAUUCAUAAAUACAUUCUGCUAUUGUCUCGUAAAAUCAACAUUGCUUGGAUAAAUUGUGUUUUUACUUUGGAAUAAUUGAAAUGUUGCUUUCUCAGUUUUAUUUACUUAUUUGAUAAUUUUUACUUUGUGGAAAAAAUAUCAUGCAGGUUUUUUCUAUAAGAAAAAUUCUCUAAAGAGUUUGAUAUUGGUAAUUUAUACACUAUUCUUUACAUAUUUUUUUAAAUUAAG